GGUUUAUGGCAUCAGCAACCCUCAAAUGACCCCAAGAUCACAUGCAGUGAGGAUCUAGCAACAAUGAUUGCACAACUUGCAUCUGCACACUGUCACUCAUCUGCCCACAAUCCUCUCAACUGGUUGCAAGAUAUCGCCAACCAUGUGCAAACACUGUUGGUAGAAGACGAGUUGCUAAUUUCCAUUGUUGUGAGAUGUCAAGGGAUUGCGAGUAAGGAUGUCCGCAUUAACUUCCUGGUCAAAGGUACGUAUCCUAAACCUUUCUUUCUUCUUGAUAGUGUACGCCUCAAGACUGGUCUUGGCUUAACAGACAUAUACAAGAAAGAAAUCAAACCAAGCACCUCGGUUAGGGCAAUCUCUUACCGAACCUUUGCAGAAUGGCACACAAUUGGCUGCAAGUUCAUUGCCAUCGCCUGCGGUGGUUCCAUUUAUUCCUUGGUACUUAUCGCCGGUCUGGGGCUCAGGGUUGCUGUCGCAUCUAUGGUAGGGACUAUGCAUUUGAAUUUAGCAAAUAUGCUACAUUCGCCACCACCAAAUUCUCCUGAAAGAAAACUUAUCGUGGAAUACAUAGCACCCACAAUCACUCGCAUGCAUCUCAUGUCCCCACUUGCCAUGGACACAAUGUUCUCUCCUUCACUAAUCACUAGAUUUGCAGUGUCAAAGUCGGUCGACUGCACUGACCUCUCAGUGUCUGACCAUUUCUUUGACACUAUAAUCCAAAACAACCUUUUUUGGACACUCAACUUAUGGUAUAUGCUAAUAAUGAAACAGGGUCACAAGGCUCCAACAGACGUCCAACCAUGGGCAUUAGAAAAAGAAGGCAUGUGCACCAAUCACUCGCAGGUAAUCCCCUACCUAUCCAAAGAUUUGCAUGAACACCAUCACAUCUAUGGUACAAUAUCAAAGUUAUAUGAAGAGUUGUUUGAGUGGAUGGAGACCUAUCUGCAGGAGGAAUUUGAGCUGCUGAUGGAAGUCAUGUCAGUCUUGCCUGGAAACUUCUCUCCCCCUGUUGCGCCCUUCGUAUCUUUGGUCAUCAAUAUCAACAUGUGCACAAAAGCCCAUAGAGACAGCCUGGAUCGCCAUCUAUGUCUUGUCAUUCCCAUUGGUCAUUUUGAAGGUGGGGCCUUGUGGCUACUGGAGAACGGACUUGUC